AUGAAUGUCCUCCUCACCCUCCUCUCUAUUGUCACUGUCAUUUCGGCACAGGAUAUUGAGUUCGUCGAGACUCCACGACUCUUCGAACCUAUUAUUGUUCGACCGGUUGGCUUGGAGCGGGGCAGUUUAUACUAUUUUCAUCUGGAAAUACGACCGGUCGAUGUGUUGCCAGGAAGAGAGGAGAGCGAAUGGAAAAGGAUAUUAACCAAAAGUGAACAUAUAGGAAAUGACUUUGAAUUCGGAUGUGAAUGGGCCACGGCUACUGGGAUCUACAGGGUCAAGGUAGGCAUGGGUAGUAUAAUAUAAGGGUAGGGUAUAUUGAGGUAAAAUACGAGAAUUCAACUUUCUUUUAAAUUUAGGCUAACCAAGAAAACUCCACCUCAUCAAUAAUAUCACAAUCUCUACGGUUACUCAAGCCUUCUGCCUAUGUUCGGCCGCGACUUGCCCUUCGUGAAGACUCAAUAUUCCCGAACUGCGCCCGAGACUACGACCUCUCAUGGACGUUACCUAAUUGUUCGCUAGCUUCAAAAUCCGACGAAUUUCGAGUUCGAGUCUCGGCGGUGGAUUCAGAAGGCGCUGAAUUGUAUAUAGGAGAGUUUAAAGCGCUGGCUGACCCACCAAGAAGCUUUGGCAUACCUUGUAGUCAGUUCGAUAUUAUCCAUGAGAAGUACUGUUUCGAAUUGGUGUCAUUGCAUUCGUUUAAUCAGCAGCUGGACCUGUGGGAUCGACGGUGUAUCAAUACGGAGCCGGGUAGGGUAUUCUGGGCAAAAAAUUUUAAAAUGCGCCGUUUUGUUGCAUCAUCUUUAAAACGUGCCAUUCUUUUUGCAUCAACUUCAAAAGCGCCAUUAUUUUUGCAUCAGCUUUAAAAGUGCCAUUCUUUUUGCGUCAUCUUCAAAAUACGCCGUUCCUUUUGCAUCGGCUUUAAAAGUGCCAUUCUUUUUGCGUCAUCUUCAAAAUACGCCGUUCCUUUUGCAUCGGCUUUAAAAUUUUUUUUUGAAAUUCCUUUUUAUGCCUAAAGCAAUAUUGUCUCAAGAAUCGAAAGCGCGAAAGUAAUAAAGCCGAACGGCAUUCGCUUUUUGUAAUUCAAAUUAAAAUAAUUUUAAUUCCCCGAGGGCUAAAUGAACCAUAAAACAAUUUACGGCUCAUGAAUUCGAAGACUGAACAUGGGAAGAUAUGUUCGUGGGCAUAAGUGAUGACAUUUUACAUAAAUUUAAAAUACUGUGACAGCACAUUUAAAUGUAAAUUAUUGUGAAAAUUGAAAAAAUUGAUAUAGACAUGAAGUCCCAAAUGAAAAACGAAAAAAAAAAUAUUUAUGUAAAAUAAGAUGCGCCCUUGAAUAGAAGGGCAGGGCAAGGUAUGCUUCUUUGACUAAAAUAUACAAAAGUUAUUAUAUAUAACUAAAAUCCCAUUUCCAGUCCAACGGGUAGACGGCAACUGGUCCCAAUGGUCAGAAUGGUCGUCUUGUAGUAGGUCUUGUGGCAAAGGACGCCGAAAACGUCGUCGCGAAUGUGACAACCCCAAACCAAACCGAGGCAAACCAUGUACCGGUCGAUUAAUUGAAACUCAAACCUGUAAUGAACACAAAUGUCCAUUGGAGAUUCGAAUCGCUCCCAAUGCCACACUAAAUCAAUGUGAAUGUGGCUGUGUGUUGACUGAAAUGACUGGAAGUCUGUUCGCACGAUCUUCUAGAUUCUGCCUGAAUCAAACGCUACAUUGGGUGGUGCCUCAAAGAUAUCUGGCCAAGUUGAAGUUGGUGUUUGUGGAUCAAUUAGCUGAGGAUCAGUCGAUCAAAGUUUAUGGGAAGGAGGGAGAGGUAAGGGAAAGAGAGAAAGUUAGAAAUUGGACGGAAUAAGGGUAUAUUAACAUGAACUUUAGUCAAAAAAAUUUCAAACAAUAUAUUUUUAAGAACAUUGUUUACCUUUUAAACCCUAUUUUAACCUCAAAAGGGCCGGGCCUUGGAAAGUCGGGCCGGGCCUGGAAAAAAAAUUUCUAAAUUUUUUAAAAUUUUUUAUUUCAAUCCCCGUUUAUGUUUUUAGAUUUUAUUGGGUUCUAUGGUCCAUAAAUGAUCUAAAAAAACAAUUUAAAGCCAAUUUUCCGUUUAGUUUUUAAGUUUUAAAACUUUUUAAAUUUUUUAAAACGGGCCGGGCCGGGCCUAGAAAUUUUCUGAUCGGGCCGGGCCGGGCCGGGCCUGACCAAAAUAAAAAACGGGCCGGGCUUGAAAAUUGGGCCCGGCCCGUUUCUCAUGUCUAGCUAAAACAACAUUCCCAGCAGCGGAAAGCUUGACUCAAAAUUGAGGGAAAGACUUAACACAAUGCAGCUUUUUCGGCCAAUUUUUGUCGCUGUUGCCGUGCCGUUCUUAUCACUAAACAUUGCCAUCCUUUUGAGAUUAUAUCCAAAGACUUUUCUACAACUUCCUUGACCAUAACCAGAGUUCAUCUAGUAUAAUAUGAAAUCUUCAGGAAUCCCUCUGGCUGAACGGAGAUCAAAAGCCUGUGCCGACGACAUUGACUUUGAGUCUGCAAGGCGAUGUUAAUAUUGUCCUCACUUCGACGGGUAAACAAGUGGACAAUGGGAAUGGGGCUUUCAUUGAUUAUCAAGUUAUUCCUGGUGAGUUUUAGUUCGAAGACUUGUGCAUCUAUUAACCAUGUGUAAUAUUGAGUUAGUGUGCUUUUAGAGGCUUAAAUAACAGGUUUUUAACAUUUAUGCCAUACUAUUUUGUAUCAGCUUGAAAAUGCGUCAUUUUUUUUAAUCAACUUUGCACUUUACUUUUGUUACCAAAAAUAAUUUACUUGUUACCUAAACUACUAUAUUUGUUACCUAAAAUGCUUUUUUAUUACCUAAAAUACUAUAUUUGUUACCUAAAAUCCAGUUUUGUUAUUUAAACCACUAUAUUUCAUACUAUAUAGUAUAUGUCAUUUCAGAACCAUCGAUAACCUCAAAUGGAAUGGAGUACUCUGCUUUUUUGGGUAACAAAUAUGUGAACUGUCAAUCGAGACAAUGUCACGCAUUAGUUACAGUAGGAUCACUAAUAAUAUGUUUGUUUGUCAUCUUGUUUUUUGUCAUUGUACCUCCAUUACUAUGCUCGUUUGUCACCAAAUACCGAGCCAAGAAGAAGAAACAGAAGACUACAUUACUGGGAUCAUAUCGGUAGGUUUGACAAGCUUUUUUUUGAGUGGGGUUACUGUAAUUUUGACAAUUCAUUUUUGAGGCUACUAUAGCUUUGAGCUUCGAUUUUCGUAUUUUUUCGAAGGUUACUGUAGCUUUGGACAUUAUGUUUGACCUUUUUGACCUAAAACAACACCAUUUCAGAGCCGACUCAGACAUGGUACGAUCGGGAGGUACCGACUCGACCCACGUAUCUUCUACUCAUCCAUCAGGUAAACCCCCACUACCUCCAGAUCGUCAACUUAAUGGUGGUACUCAAGUUAUUGUAGCUCAUCGUAGUAUUGGAGUUCAGCGCUCUCUACAAACAACUCCACGUACUCAACGUUCAGCACGUGAAACUCCGAUGCCGAAUGCUUCAAUAGCAUCAGUAGAUCUUGAGUAUGAUUACUAUGAUCCACCAAUGCCUGGAAGCUUCAUUAAACCGGCUUUGCCCGAUAUUGACAUAGAUGACAUUGUACAUAAGGAGACUAGUGGAUGGCUGGAUUCACCGCCGCUUAAAGGGCUGGUUAAUGAGUCUGUGUAG